CCCAGGUCCUAGACCGUCAUGCUUUGCGCCUGCCGGAUCCGGCGCGGGAGUUCGGCUUUCCUAGACGUCUGUAGAGUUGCUGAGGUCAUUGCUGCAUACCUGCCUCGCAGACAGAGAGAUGCUGUGACACCCCGAGGUGGUCUGACUCCGGAGCCAUACCCUCACUCACAAUGCAAUGUCACCUCAAUUAAGAACGAUGUGGCCCCAGAGGCUGCUCAGUCUGUAACCUGACAGAGGCACCGGCUGACUUCUCUUAUUCUUGGCCAAAUUACCCACAGAGGCAAUACUCAUGGCUGGUCCCCUGUGGAGGGCUGCAGCCUUUAUACAGAGACACAGGACAGGACUGUUGGUGGGUUCCUGUGCAGGCCUGUUUGGGGUUCAAAUCUCAUUCCACCUCUUCUCCAACCCCAUAGUCCAGUGGCUCUACCAGUACUGGCCUCAGGGUCAGCCCGCUCCUCUUUCCCCUCAGCUCCAGAGCCUCUUCCAGGAGGUGCUACAGGACAUGGGUGUCCCCUCAGGUCAUUGCUACAAGCCUUUCACUGCCUUUACUUUUCAGCCUGUGAGUGGUGGCUUCCCAAGACUUCCUUCUGGGGCCGUGGUGGGAAUCCCUGCCAUCUACCUGGGUGGCCCUGUGACCGCCAUCGACCAUACUGUGAUCAUCCAUGGGCAAAGAGUGAACUGGCAGAGCCCAGCAGGCACCAGGCUGAGAGAUGCCCUGACCCUGUCUCAUAAUGCUCAGAAGUUUGCUUUAGCCAAGGAGGUGGUAUACCUGGAGAGCAAUGUAGCUGCCCUUCAGAUCCUGCCAGCCCCAGCUUGCCUAGCAGGAACCUGGGUACUGAGUGUGGGUGCCAAGCAUGCCCUGGGGCUCUAUGGAGGCCCUGCAGGCUUUCGAGCUGCCUUUAACUUGGUGGCAAUAGUGGCUGGCUUUGUGGCCUACACCUUUUCCAAGGACUCCCUCACUGUUGCCCUGGAAGGUUGGCUGGACCGCCGCACAGCCUCUCUGUCUGCAGCCUAUGCCCAUGGUGGAGUGGAAUUCUAUGAAAAGAUCCUGUCAGGCAACCUAGCCCUCCGAAGUCUUUUGGGCAGACAAGGGGAGAAGCUGUACACACCAAGUGGAAACAUUGUCCCCAGACACUGGUUCCGCAUCAAACAUUUACCCUACACCACCCGCCGGGACUCUGUACUACAGAUGUGGAGAGCGACACUCAACCCAGGGCGCUCCUGAGAAGCCAGCCAACAGGGCACUGCUGGCUCACGUAGGCACCACCCUGGGAUGAAUUCUGGGGGAAUCUUUUGCUAUGGUUGCAUCCAUAGCCAAGGUCAGAACAGUAUGGAAUUAAACCAUUCAAUUCUGUCCUCA